GGUGAGCAAGUGGCCGAGGAGUCCUUGCUCAAUCUUGCCCAAAACUUGGGUGAACGUGUUCGUGACUGGGAAAAGUUUCGGGACCAUGACCUGCAUCUCGCCCAAUGCUUCAACAUCACCACAGAGAUGGGUGUUCGUUUGCAAGAGGAGAGUCUCCGUGGCUACUGCAUGGCCCAUAUCCAGUCGCUUCUACCUGCAGAGCCAGAAGACAAUCGGGACGAAGUUCUUCGCGUGAAUGCACUCCAAGGUGAUCUGGAAGUGGCUGACCCACUCUUUCAUACCUUUCCCGCCUUCCGGAUUUUUUUAUUGACGCCACCUGGACUUGUUCGUCGACCCAACCCUGUCCUUAGUUGCCCUGGCCAACAGCGCCUUUAUGUUGCUUCAGCGCAACUACCAGCCCCUUCCUCCUCCACAUCAUCCUUAUCCUCUUUAUCUGGCGUCAGUACUCAUGACCUUCUGAACAGCCUCCUGUCCCCACCAGAACGGGGUUCAACUCGGAUGAAUACGUCUUGGGUUACCCGUAACCUGGGCAAUUUCGACGUCCUCUUGGCAGGCGCCUUUAGUGAAGACUGUGAUAUCUUCUAG